AUGGCGCCGCAUCUCGAUACCAACGCGGCCAAUGCCAUUAAGGCAGUCGACCCAACCAACCGGAGCCAAGAUAAGGACGGCAUUUCGACCACGUCCGUCGCGGCCGAGACCGAUACCAAGCCGGAGCCCCCACAGCAACCUGAAGUCGCGGGAUGGUUCCACUGGCACGAGCCCGGCACAUCGCCGGAGGAGAAGAAGUUGAUUUUCAAGUUGGAUUGGUUUCUACUUUCAUUCUCGUGUCUCAUGUUCUUCAUCAAACAGCUUGACCAAAACAACAUCUCCAAUGCCUACGUAUCCGGCAUGUCGGAAGAGCUCAACUUCGGUCCCGGCAACGAACUGUCCUGGAUGAACACGUACUUCAACAUUGGAACCAUCAUUGGCGGUUCUUUUGCCAACCUGAUCAUCACUGUCGUCCGACCGCGCUUCUGGCUGACCGGGUGCCUCUGCACUUGGUCUCUCUUCGUGCUUUUCCUGUUCAAGUGCCAGACCGCCACGCAGUUCUAUGUCCUGCGUUUUUUCAUCGGCUUGUUUGAGUCUGCCGCAUGGCCUGGCGUCAUGUACGUCCUCGGAUCAUGGUAUCGCAAAAGCGAAUUGUCCCGCCGCUCUGGCCUUUUCGUCAUGAGCGGUGUCUUGGGGCAGAUGUUUUCCGGCUAUCUUCAGUCUGCCUUGUAUUCGGGUAUGGGCGGAAAAGGUGGUCUGUCAGCGUGGCGAUGGCUUUUUGUCUUUGACUUCAUUCUUGCCAUUCCCGUGGUGAUCUACGGCGUCAUUUGCUUCCCCGACACCCCUCACACGACAAAGGCUUUCUACCUCAGUGACUGGGAAAAGCAACGUGCUCGCGAGCGGAUUGAAGAAGAAGGCCGCAAACCUGUCGGCAAGAUGAACUGGUCCGUUAUAACCCGCGUCUUCGGCUCGUGGCAAGUCUACGCCUUCACAGCAGCCUACUCCUUCUGGACUCUGACCUGCGGCUCCUACAUCAUUCAAUACUUCACUCUGUACCUCAAGUCAACAAAAAUGUACACCGUGCCAGAAAUCAACAACAUCCCAACCUGCGUCGGUGCCAUCAACUUCGUGUUCAUGGUCUCCACAGGCUACGUCUCUGACAAAAUUGGCCGGCGCGGACCUGUCUGUUUCGCGGUCGGGUGUCUUCUGACGUUCGUCUACGCCGUCCUCGCGGCAUGGAGCGUGCCACAUAUGCUACGCAUGGCCGUCUUCAUCCUUGCAGGGUGCUAUGGUUGCUACACGCCUUUGCUGGCGGGAUGGGCGAAUGAGGCCUGCGGCGGCGAUCAACAGAAGCGCGCCUUUGUGCUUGGCUUCAUGGUCUCCGUCGGCCAGGCUGUUGUGAUUCCCUUCCAGCAACUGCAGAUGCCGAGCGGACAGGCCCCUGCAUUUGCCAAGACACAUGGGUGGAAGAGCGCGCUUGCAUUCGUGGUGGCGUUGACUGUCUGGACUGGUGUUGGUCUGCCGUUACUUCAGAGAUGGAGAGAGUCUCGUGUGAAGUUCAGUACUCACGAAAGUGACAGUGAUGAGACUUAA